ACACGCCCCUUUUGAUGAGUUCCCUGCGCUACGCGACGCGUGUUCGCGCUUGUCUUCUGUUCUGCUGCAGAGAGUGGCGCUCGUGACGUCAUCCUGCUGGAGCGGCGGCUGCUGGGCACGGGCGGAAAAUGGGCACAGAUCUGCGAGAACAAAAGGUUUUGACCCUGAGGAAGUGCCAGAAAGAGGCCUGACAGCAGCAGUCAAGACCUUACUAAACUAAUUGAAGAACUUGUGACUCAGGAGGAGCAUGUGUGAUGACCCCCUGUUCCUUGCUCAGCCUUUAGCAAUCCCAGCGGAUCUGAGAUGAGUGUUCCUCUGUGGUGCCCGGCCGCUGUCCCUGCUUGCUCUUGGCAUCGCUUGGUGGCGUGAGCAGAUUGCUCCAUCGUGGCAGCCACGGGAGCGUGGAAUGGCCUCUUUGGACCUGCCGUACCGUUGUCCUCGCUGUGGGGAACACAAGCGCUUUCGAAGUCUGUCCUCUCUACGCGCCCAUCUGGAGUACAACCACACCUACGAGACCCUGUAUGUGCUGUCGAAGUCCAACAGCGUAUGCGACGCUGCUGCGCUGCUCCCCCUAGUGGCCGACGGAGCCCUCGCUGCCGAAUCUCGUUUUCCGUACCGUGAGUUGCCCUGUUCUGGCGAAGAGCUUGGUCUUGCCCCCACGUCUACUGGUUGCUACCUGCCCAAUGUAGAGUUUCCCCUGGGCGAGAUCCUGGUGAAGACAGCCAUGAGCUCCGGCGACACCUUGACCUCCACAGGGAACAAUGCUGUGGCAGUAGCCGCUAACGUGGCGGCUAGUGCGGUGGAGGCGGCUUAUGAGGAGGGCUUGGCUCGGUUGAAGGCUCGAGCGUUUGAGAGGCUCGAGCUGGACGAGAGGCUCGAGAAGUUGUCGGAGGAGGUGGAACAAAAGAUCUCGGCACGUGUUGGCCGUCUGCAGGCGGAGCUGGAGAGGAAAAGCUCGGAGCUGGAAAAGGCAAAGCUGGAGAGUGAGAGGCUCUGUCAAGAGAAACAAGACCUGGAGGACAAGGCCACAGAGCUUUCGCGGCAAGUGGACGUGUCGGUGGAGAUGCUGGCCAGCCUUAAGCAAGAUCUGGUCAAUAAGGAGCAAGAGCUCUCACACAAACAACAAGAGGUGUCCCAGAUCGAUCAGUUCCUGCAGGAAACAGCUGCGCGUGAAGCCAAUGCUAAACUGCGUCUUCAGCAGUUCAUCGAGGAGCUGUUGGACCGGGCCGACCGUGCUGAAAAACAGCUCCAGAUUAUCAGCAGCUGUGCCACCACCCCCAACGGCAGCCUGGGACAUUGCAGUCUGCAAGGAUCCAAACAUAAUGGACGACAGAGAAAUUCCAGUAUCUCUGGGCCAUCCAGGGGAAUGUACCAAGUGUCCGAUCGACGUUCCUCCCCCAGCACUGCUGCAUCGGGACGAGGAAAGUCUGUGUCCCAGGGUUCAGGAGGUUACGACAGUGACAGUGUGGACCUCCAUGCUUUGGAGGACUGCCCCGAUGCUCAAUACUACCACGUCCAGUGCCGACUCGGGGAGGGAGGCGGAGGAGGAGCAUACGAAAGGACAGGUGCUUCCCGGAGCUGGGGUCUCCGCAAACAGGCCAUCCAGAACUGGCAGCGUCGGCCAUACCGGAACAGCACGGAGGGAGAGGAGGGUGACGUGUCUGACGUAGGAUCCCGCACCACAGAGUCUGAGGCUGAAAUGUGGGAGCAAGACAGGAGAGCAGAGCACGGGGGUAACCGUGGAGGAUACAGACUAGCUACAGGUCGCUCUGAAGGGGGAUACAAGCACUGCCGCCAUGAGAAAAGCCCCUCUAAAUUCAACGAGGUGAUCAGUCCUGAGGUGCUGAAGAUGCGUGCCGCUCUCUUCUGUAUCUUUACCUACCUGGAUACGAAGACACUCCUGCGGACGGCCGAGGUGUGCCGGGAUUGGAAGUUUGUGGCUCGUCACCCAGCGGUUUGGACCAGAGUUCUGCUGGAGAACGCUCGCAUCUCCUCAAAGUUCUUGAGCACUGUGUCUCAGUGGUGCACACAGACGCAUUCCCUCAUCCUCCAGAACCUCAAACCCCGGCAGAGGGGGAAAAAGGAAACAAAGGAGGAAUAUCUGAAGAGCACACGUGGCUGUCUUGAGGAGGGUUUGGAGGCUUUGUUGAAAGCUACCGGCAGUAAUCUGCUCAUCCUGAAGGUGUCUCAUUGUCCAAAUCUGUUGACUGAUCGCUCUCUGUGGCUGGCGAGCUGUUAUUGCAGGGCACUACAGGCUGUCACAUACAGGAGUGCGACAGACCCUGUUGGACAGGAGGUUAUCUGGGCAUUAGGAGCUGGUUGCAGAGACAUCAUCUCACUACAGGUGGCGCCUUUGCAUCCAUGUCAGCAGCCAGCACGCUUCAGUAACAGGUGCUUGCAGACCAUUGGCAGAUGCUGGCCACACCUGCGAGCUUUGGGUGUGGGCGGCGCUGGCUGUGGCAUACAGGGAUUGGCUUCUUUGGCAAGGAACUGCAUGCGGCUGCAGGUGCUUGAGUUGGACCACGUCAGUGAGAUAAAUCAGGAAGUGGCUGCUGAGAUGUGCCGAGAGGGACUGAAGGGUCUGGAGAUGCUUGUGCUCACCUCCACACCUGUUACUCCUAAAGCCCUGCUUCACUUCAAUAGUGUGUGUCGUAACCUGAAAUCUAUUGUAGUCCAGAUCGGUAUAGAAGAUUACUUUGAAGACCCCAACAGCCCUGAGGCCAGAAAACUCUUUGACGAAAUGGUGAACAAGCUGCAGGCACUCAAGAAAAGACCUGGUUUCUCCAAAAUCCUCCAUGUGAAAGCAGAUGGCUUAUGCUAACUCUGCUGUGCGAGGCCAGAGCCACACAAAGGUUCACCGAAUAUUUCAACCUGAUCAAGUGGAAGAAUCAAACACUUCUGCUUCAGUUUGAACUCUAAACACCAGUCUGCCACACCAAGACGGGCACCAUCUGUUAGCUUUGACACAACGCAACUAAAUAGUGGAGAUUAUAAAGAUAAUAACAACCUCUACGAGAAGGCAUGAUUACUUGCCUUGGAUCCCGUUCCAACAGUCAGACCCAACUCAAAACCAGUUACGAUUACAGACUAAGGAUUUUUCUCCUACUUGCCAAACGCACUAAACUUGGGAAAAUGAGAUCUCGGAGAACAUGGCGUCUCUCUUCAGAGCACAGAGCUGCAGGAGGGAACAGUCCUAUAUUCCAGAUUGACCUGAAACAUACAAUCAAUGUGAAAUCCAAACAGCACAAAUUUAAAAUGCACAUGGGUAAGUUAUUAAUGGGGGAGUGUGUGUUUGCGUGAUCAGCUCGAUUGCUUCCCCGGCGUUCAGCAAAGAGACGCAUUAGUUCAUUAGUCGCCUGGAUGCUUCGGCCAGCCAUAUUUCUUGGACAGUUUCAACAUAACAUGAUCACCAGCUUCAAACAUGGCUUACCGAGACCCUUCCUUAGGGGAUGCCAUGUCUCCAUAGAAACUACUAUUACUCGCAGCUAUCUUGUGUCCAUAAGUACGAGUUCAGACCAAACGAAGAAGUCAAUAAACGCAAGCUCCCUCCAGUCCUUUAGCCGUAUUUCCAUGACCAGUCCAAUUAUUUCUCAUCAUUGGACUGUUGGUCCAGACUGAUUUCCAAUGCAUUCUCCAUAAUGUGCCAUCCAUAGCUUUGACAUUUUGUUUUUGAGUCAUUCCCAAUGUGCCAUUAGUGAAUCAGUGGAGCCUAAAAGGCUUAAGUCAUACCCUACAAGGUCUGCACUUAUCUAAAGGGAAUUGGAGAGCAAAUUUGUGUAGAGAGGUAUUAGAGACAUGCUCAUGGUGCUGUCGCCCCAAUCUACAGUACACUUACUGUUUCACCUCAGAUGUCAACGUCUCCAUCUCUUACUGUUCAAACUUCUGCUGAAAUUUUAUUGAACUCAGGCUGGUGGGACUGAAUAGAUCACUUCCCCAUCUGCUCUGUUGAUUUCAGAUGGUACUGUCCAUGUUCUAAAGGUAGACACCACUGAAUGGAGAAUUCGGAUUCUGAGUUCUGAAUGUAGACACUGCACCGUUGUAUAGAAGGGGUGAAAACAAAUAUAUGCAGGUGUCACUUCAAAGAAUCUAUAAGAACUGCACUGUGGAAAUGUGUGGGUUAGGUUUUGGCUUUGAUUCCUUAGACCUUUAAAAUGUAAAGUACGUGAGAUUGAUAGCUGUGUUUUGUCAAGGCCAGCAUUGAGAAGUUAACAUUUUAGUUUUUCAAAAAGAAAAGGUUUAUUCCCAGUUAUGUUGCUUUGUGCACUUUUGAGUAGAUCGCAUGACAUGCCAGGUUUUGCUUUCUGUUGGAAUAUUCAUCUUCAUGGUUAGGAAAGUCUGGAAAUGAAUGUUAGAGCACUUAAAUGGUUUUAGCUAGAAGUCAAUCAUACAAAGAAACUAGAAUAUGCCAUUCUCAUCAAGUUUCAAAAAAAAAAAAAACAUGCUGAUGCAAUAAUACUGAUGCAAGUAAUGGUCUUGACCACUCUGGGUGCUGUACCACUUACCCAUCAAGCAUUUCUGCUCCCCUUGGCCAGCCUCCGAGCUGAAAUCACACGGUCUAAACGGUCUACUCUAAGUGCUUUAGUCAAGGCGAGCACUUCUACGGUGCAAUGUUCUACUUCCUGUCUUAAAACGCAUUACAGGGCUUGAAUUAGCAUGAGAGGAGUAUUCACAUGAACUACCUGAGGUUACUUCAGGAUGGCUGUUCAAAAAGAGGCAAUGGAAAAUGCAAGACCAUCUUCAAGAAAGAAGUUGCAGAGGUGGAAUAGGGCAACUUACCCACAACUCCACACAAUGACUUUUCGAGUGUGCUGGCACUCUUG